CCGGGCAGGCUCCCGCAGCAGCCUGCAGCGCCGGGGACCCGCGCGCCGUGCGACCGCGGGCGGGGACAGCCCCGGGGGCUGAAGGUGCCCGGCAGCGCCCCGGAUCGCCGUUCCUCCCUGCGUCCCGCCCGCCCGGGGCCUCGCUCACCCCGCCGCUUCUCCCUCUCCCGCAGCCGUGUCGGGACCAUGUCUGCGGAGACCGCGAGCGGCCCCACUGAGGACCAGGUGGAGAUCCUGGAGUACAACUUCAACAAGGUCAACAAGCACCCGGACCCCACCACUCUGUGCCUGAUCGCGGCCGAGGCCGGCCUUUCCGAGGAGGAGACCCAGAAAUGGUUCAAGCAGCGCCUGGCCCAGUGGCGGCUAUCAGAAGGCCUACCCUCAGAGUGCAGAUCCGUCACAGACUGAGGAGACGGUGGUCAUUGGCGGCUUCCCUCCAUGAAGACCAUCUGCUGUUUCUCUCCUUGGCUUAAUCAAGCUCUUUUGGUUUUUCAGUGUAGUGUCAUAUGCUCCUCUGUUAGCUGUCCUGCUAUUUAACACAACGUUGGAUUUUUUUUUUAAUGUACAUAACUAGAAAAGAAAAUAACAAUAGGAAGCUAUGGGCAGCUUCUGUGUAAAGCAGUGGCUUGGCUGGAAGUGGUGUGGCUUGCAUUUCCUUUGGGUCAUGAUGACAGAUGGUGUGAAAACCAUCUAAGUUUAUUUUUUGACCAUCACCUCCCAGUAACAAUUUACUUUCACCAUCCAUUUCAGAACAGACAAGGCCUCUGUUGAAAAGAUAGCAUGACCAAGAGGGAGAAACAUUCCUUCUAAUUCUACUUCCCUAAGUCAUUUUCCUUGUGUUUCAUUUAAUACAUUGAGAUUGAGUGAGAAUGCAGAGGGAAUUUGAGUUAUUCAGAUUCCAUAAAGCAGUUCCUUGGAUUAUAGCUGAAUUAACUUGGAAAGCACUCAGGCUGGAAGACAGAAACUUCCACUGGCAGAAAAUCAAGUAACUAAGGAAAAAAAUCCACAAAAGUCUUGAAUUUACCUUAUUUAAAUGCAUUUGUUAAAUUCAUUUUGCUAAACAAAAUGAACUGCUUUUUGUCUCUAAAAUGAUAUUCUAAAUAAAACCUUAACAUUUUGUUGAAAA